AUGUUUGUACAGCUGCAACCCGCGCACGGUUUCGUCCCGCUGCUCGUUGUGGGACUGUUGUUUGUCAAUGUGUGGGCUGGAGUCCAAGUCGGUAGAGCCCGCAAACGCUAUGGCGUCGACUACCCGCAAAUGUAUGCCGACAAGAGCGACAAGAACGCAAAGGCGUUCAACUGCGUGCAACGUGGCCACCAGAACAUUUUGGAGAACGUCCCGAUCUUCCUCGCACUGCUUUUCACGUCGUCCAUUUACCGUCCGCAGCUUGCUGUCACAGCGGGACUUUUCCGCAUCCUCGGCUUCAUUCUGUACAUGCGUGGCUACGCAUCGGGUGACCCGAAGAAGCGCAUGCAAGGGGGAUUUGGACAUCUCGCCGUAUUGGUGAACGCUGGCUUGAGUAUUGAGGCGGGCUUGCGCAUCCUUGGACUUCUUUGA